AUGGCCUGUCAUAGGGCUAACGGUUGGAUCCUGAAGCAUGAGUUCGAGGAGUUCCGUAAGAUUGUCUGCCUUGCCAACGGUUGGACUGGUGUUGAUUGCCACGACCGAACGAGUACCGCGGAUCGGACCAACCAUUGGGGUUACUGCGAACGUCCUGGUAUGGACUCGGAUAUUGCUGACGUUCGCUUGUGUUUGAUCCUUAACGCACAAUGUAUAGCGGCUGGUAUAUCUUUGAACCAUUUCACCUAG